AUGGACACACCGAAGAAAAAGCUCAUGAUCGCGAGUCUGGGCAGCUCCUUUGCCGCCGGCCCUGACAUCCCCCCACAAAUUGAACCCUUCGCCGCAAUGCGAUCAGGGCAGAAUUAUCCCCAUCUCCUGGCAAAGCAGUUGAAUGCUGAUCUCACCGAUCUAAGCGUGUCCGGUGCAACCUUGCUCAACAUAACAGUCGAACCACAGGCUACCCCCUUCAACAAGAUCUUCCCGCCGCAAAUCACCGAUCUACCCGAAGACGCCGAUAUUAUCACCGUGACAGCCGGAGGAAACGAUAUAAACUACAUUGGCGGCAUGAUUGCCGAUUCUUGCGAAGCUGAGUUACAAUCAACGGCACCCUUGUCGCCCGAUCAAUUGGCCGAGCGGAUGGGUGGUGUCCUUGAUCAAAUACACAGACGGGCACCGAGGGCUCGGGUGUUUCUCGUUGAAUACCUUGCUGUACUGGGACCUGGCACACAGGCUGGUCGGGAUAUUCCUCUGUCUCAAGAGAGACUCGAGCAUUACCGCGGGGUGGCAUCUAUUCUGCAACAUGCUUGCUCUGUUGCUGCUGACAGUCGGUCCGAUUGGUGCGAGACCGUCCCAAUUCACGAACUCAGCCAAGGACAUGCGCUUGGUAGUGCGGAACCAUGGGUUGGGGGAUUCUCCAAAGGACCACUUCUGCAUCCGAAUUUGGAUGGGAUGAAGGCGGUAGCGGCGAUUGUAGCCGUGAGGGUUCAAAGAAGCUCAAUAUACAAAGCUUUGCUGUGA